ACGUAAUAGAGAAUUGACGUACGUCAAUCAUUUUAGUUUAGCAUGAGUGUAAUACUUAUAAUGAUACGUUUUAAUUUAGAUAGAAGUACGAUCUAAAAUUGUGCAAAAUAAAGUGAGGAAUUUAAUUUAAAUAUGUCUUAUUGACAGUCACCCAUGUUUAUUGUAUGAAGUUUAGAUUAAAAAUAUUGUAACCAUGACAACAGAGGAAAAAUUUAAUGCAGCUGUAAACGUUAUUAGAAGUUUACCGAAAAAUGGUUCUUAUCAACCUAGCAAUGAUUUGAUGUUAAGGUUUUAUGGUUAUUUUAAACAAGCCACUCUAGGUUCUUGCACUGGAUCUAGGCCUGCUUUCUGGGAUGUUGUUGGACGAGCAAAAUAUGACGCAUGGAAAAAACUUGGUGAUAUGUCAAAAGAAGCGGCAAUGGCUAAAUACGUUGAAGAGCUACAUGGGAUUGUAGAAACAAUGAGUUAUUCUGAUAAAGUCGCUAAUUUUCUGGAGGCACCGACUAAUGAACUUGAUACAAUCAAUAUGGAUGAUCUAGAGUUAAUUGCGGGAGAUGUGAUGGAAAGGGUUCGAUCUUUACCGAAUUCUCCAUUAGCUUCUAGAGAAGCUUCUCCUGUUAGAUUUGGAUCUAAUGCAGGCUCCUCUGCAUCUCCAUCACCCAGUACACAGGAGGAUGAAUCAGACCAUAGUGAUGACGAAUAUAUAGAUACUAUAGAGAAUCCAGAGCCACGAAAAUAUAUUUCGAGCAACAUAUCAACGAACGAGUUACCUAAUGGUAAUGUUCUGCAUAUACAAAGCCAACACAUUUCUAGAUCAAGAACUAAGCCUCAGAAUAACAUAGAUAUAUCACAGGAAAUAUCCAGGGCCGUUCAGAACAUGAAGGAGGAUAUUGAGAAGUUAAAAACAAAAGUUAAUUUUAUAGAAAAUGCUAACAGAUCAGCAAAACUUCAAAGGAGAAAAUGGUUUUUAGGAGAAACAUCACCUCAAGUUUUUGUUUUUCUUUUAAUUUGGCCAUUUAUAGCCAAUUUCAUAAUGAAUAGAUUCCUUAUUAGGAGGAACUAAUAUGUACACUUGUUUACUGUUCAAGUUGUUAUAAAACUGUUUAGGAUCGGUAUUACAAGAUUAACUUGUAACAUGUAUUGUGGUAUAUAUGUUUUUAUAUAUAAUUUAAUAAUGAGUUUUUAAGAUAAACAGCUAUCUUCAGAUUUUAAAAGGUGAUUGUAUUUUAUAUUUUUAUAAUGUUGAUUUAACGGAGGUCCUUAGUCAGUAAUUAGGAUUUCUUUAGUUUUUUUUUGUUUGAUUGUUUUUAUAGGUAUAUGUACAUAUAUGUUGGUGAUGAGUUUGUUAUAUUUUUAGU